AUGAAUGUGAGUAAACUAUUAGAACGUGACGGUUAUUACGCAGAAACGCAUAACGUUACGACGGAAGACGGAUUUAUUUUGAGUUUAUAUAGAAUUCCUGGUAAAUUAAAUGCAACUCCGGUGUUACUUAUGCAUGGGCUGCUUUGUGCUUCUCCUUUGUGGAUUAUUUUGGGCAGAGAAAAAUCAUUAGCGUAUUUAUUGGCCGAUGAAGGAUACGAUGUUUGGAUGGGAAACUCCCGCGGAAGCACGUACGGGCUUUCACACGUAAAUUUAACGACUGACGAUUUUGAAUUUUGGGACUUCAGCUUUCAUGAAAUGGGUAUUUACGAUUUGCCAGCGACAUUGAACUAUAUUACGAAUAUAGUAAACGAUAAAAUAAUAUAUAUUGGGCAUUCCCAAGGCACAAUGAUAAGUUUUAUUAUGGAGUCUGAACAAACCGCACUUGGUGCAGAGAUGAUGAAAAAAAUAAAAGGAUUAAUUUGUCUUGCACCAGUUGCUCAUUUAGGACACGUACACCCACGUAUUCAUUUUUUCGAUUCAGCACUUCAUACAAUUGUUAAUUUUCUCCACAAUCUUGGGAUUCUGAACAGUGUUGGAGGUCAAUCGCCAAUAUUCAAAACUAUUUAUUCCCUCGGAUGCAAGUUAUUCAAAUUUGAAAAACAUAUUUGCGAAAACAUAUAUUUUUUUGUUGUCGGACCAGAGUACCAUCAAUUCGAUGAUUCUAUUUUGGGUCCAGUUUUAGGAAACUUCCCAGCCGGGACAUCAGCAAAAAAUUUACUCCAUUUUGGACAAGGAACUGAGACAAAUCGCUUCGCGAAAUUUGACUACGACGAAGAGAAAAAUUUAGAAAUAUACAAUUCAUCUUUACCACCCGCAUAUGAUCUGUCAAAAGUAACUUCUCCCGUGGCUUUAAUUUAUUCAGAAGCCGAUUGGUUUGCAAAUCCUACGGAUGUCGAGGCGCUUUUUCAAUCAUUGCCAAAUAUAAUAGACAAAUACAAAGUGGACUUUGAUAAAUUUACACACAUGGAUUUUUUAUGGGGAUCAGAUGCUAAAUCACUAGUUUACGACCAUGUGAUUGAUCUCCUGAUAAGUUAA